CUAUUGUCCUCCCUCCGUCUACAACUAUAAAUACUACCCCUCCCCAACAAUCUUUCGACCUCGUCUCCUCUACCUCUACCUGCCAAUCUUUCCACCUCUUCUCAUCUACCUCUGCCCCAACGUCUUCGACCAUACCUCCCAUCCUUUUCUCUUCAGCUCUGCCCAACAAGGUCGAUUUCAUACCUAUUAUCCUUUCGUCUCCAGCCAUUUAUCCAGCAUACGACAUGUCCAGACACGACUUCGUCCAGGGCGGCCACCGCCGCAAUGCCACAACACCAAUGACGUUUGUCUGUGACACCCCGCCGGUGGUGUUCGAUAACACUCACAUCGUCGCGGUCACCCACCCCACGGUGACUACUGGCCAUCCCGAGAUUGACGGAUGGUUCCUUUCGGAUUUCUACGCCUUUAAUUACCUAUAUCGCGGGCUUGGGGCGUCGCAAGUUUGGUUGACGGCAGCGGACCCGUACAAGCUGAUCGAAGCACACGACGGUCAUGACAUCUACCUUCAUGGGAAUCCCUACCAGGAUCGCAAAGUGGUCCUAAGCCGCGAGCUGCUCAACAACAACAUGCUUACGCCCGUCACUGUCGUCAAACCGACUGACAUGAUCGAACGCUUCCUCUGGGAGGUGCGCAAAGCUUCGGAGAGGGCAAAAAAAGAUAACGCCCAUCUCUUGCUCCUUGUGUUUUGUCAUGGCAUGUCGAAUUUCCACUUUCUCCUGGACAGCGGCAACCGGAACAAGGGCCUUAGCAUUGUGCGACUCAAGGGGGUCCUUGACAUGGGAGUCCGCGUCACCCUGGUCACCACAGCGUGCUACUCGGGCGGCUGGGCUGUCAGCGAGGACUUGAACCAUACAGCUUUGACAGCAGCUGGGGUAAAGACUACGUCUAAUGCCUGGCCCUCCUCGGCUAGUGUCGACCGGGCAUGCGGGUCAGUGUUUGCCACUACAUUAAUCGAAGCCCUAACUUCCAGCGCGAGUCAGCUCCUCCCAGAGGACGAGCGCGACGAUGUUUCUUCUGCCUCUGAGCUCCAACCUGAGAAGCCGACAGCAGAGCAGACCAAGACCUACAACGAGUUUUGCCGCUCAAUCUUGGAGACUUGCGAAGAUCGCGUCCACCGCCUCUGGUACCGUCAAGAAUUCUCCUUUAGUGCGCAGAAUGACCAGUGGGAGGAUUCCUGGACAGGCCGGACCGGGUUUCCCCUGGCCAACUUCGAGAAGCGCUGGAGAGAGCUUGUCACCUACCCAUACCAGGGGCCUGCAGAGUUGAAAGAGCUCAGAGACCCCAGCCCAAAUAACCCAGUCUAUAAGGACAACAUGGACCUGUCACAUACCGGUAGAGUCGGUCAGUUUCAGGAUCCAACCACCCGCAUGGUCGAGAGUAUACGCAAACAUCGAAUCACGGAGAUGGCUCGCCUUUUCCUUGAGACUUGUCCUGGCGACUGGAGCAGCGGACAGCAUGUUGGUCUACGCUCGGCUCUGCGACACUACGCGGCGGGGGAGGAGAUCGACCUUGGAGAAUGGGAUUUGGAUAUUGUGGCCACGAUUCAAUUCCGCUGCAAAUUGGGACAGCUCGCCGACUACCUUGUCGAUACCUUGGGUCUGCCGCAACCCAACAACCAGCCGUGCCUCUACUGGAAUGAGGAGGCCUGGAUCAACUCUGUCCAGAUCAAGAUUCCGGAUUGGAAGAAUCGAAGGACCAUCAUCUAUAAGGAUCUUUUCGACGGCGGCUUCUUCGUGCAGGGCACUUCAAAGCAGGGCCCUCCCUUCCGCCGCUUCAUCAACUACGUCGCCUGUUCCCUCGUCGAAGCGAACAGGACGCGGGAAGAGACCGCCAGCCUGGUCACUUCCUUGCUCGAUUUUAUCCGCCAGGCUAACGAGUUCAACAAUCGGCGCGCGUGCCAACAGGCCGAGGUCCGUGGCCGGUCGCGCGUCUGGCUGAGAUCGAUUGGGCGCCGCCUCCGGGACUCGCUGUCGCCCAAGAAGAAGACGACGACCGCCGCGAGGCCGAGAUCGGGAAGCUUUGGUGGUGGUCCCUCGCGGAUAGAGACGGGUCCCUCCGGGCUUCAUAGUCGGAAUGCCUUGAGCCAGUCUUCGUUGCGACUUGGUCCGGCUCCGGAGCUGCCUCCCUUGCAGAGUCAGACAGGGAACGCGGAGACGCUGGGUGGGCAGAUUGGGCAGGCAUUGGGGUUUGAUAUUGAUUGAGGAUCUGUUCCAUUAGUUGGACGCUGAGAGACCUCGGAC